AGAACAGCAUGUCAUCAAGUCCUGUUCCGCUCCGGAAGCAGAUCCAGUUGGCGUUAGAAACCUUUACACUCACUUAGAACUUAAGUUCAUUCACUCACUCACAUUUUACCUACUGAAAGAUUUGCAACAAUGUUCAACCGUCGACUAAAGAAAAAUCAAAUUGCUCCUGAAAACAUUGAGGGAGAUAAGAGCAGACAGCGCUCCAAUGGGAGAUUCACCAUCUCAGAAGUGCCUGCCACCAAGACCUCUGCAGAGAACUGCGACCGGAAGUGGUACAGACUGUUCGGUCAACCCCUGAGCAAAAUUAGAAAUCUGUCUACUACUGUGAAGAGAGUCAUCUUCUCAGGUGGUCCAGCAACCACCACAGCACCUCCACCCGAGGAGGACAACCAGAGGACAAAAAAGAAGACGUUUUGCUGGGGACUGUUUAAUUGCUGCAAGAGAAGACGAAGAGAUGAUGAUGAAGAUGGGCAGAAACAUAACAGCAGUUCUGUCAUAAUCCAAAAUGACCAAGUGGUUGAGUUUAAAGGGCUCAGUGAUGAAGAGGAGGCAGCACUUGACAAAGCCAACGAAGAAAACAAGAAAGCAGCUGCCACAGGGCCGAAGCAUUCUGUUUUUUCCUCCUUACUCGAAGCUGCAGUAGAUAAGGUCAUUUGCCACAGACAGGAUGCCGUCAAUCCACAGAGCUUUAUGGUUCAUCAGGCCCCCAGGUUUGGGUUUCCCAACCAAUUCCAGACCUGCUACAUGAACGCCAGCCUCCAGAGCCUAAUCACACUUACAGAGUUCAUCACUGAUAUCUACAGCCACAAGCAUUUGUGGAAUUAUAUUUCUGAUGAGACUGAGUUGAUAAGACAUUUCGUAAACAUUGUAAGAUGUCACGGCUCCAAAGAUGUUCAAUACAAACUCCGGGCCCUCGAUAUGUUCAAGAAGGCCCUCGCUGUCCAGACUCCUGAAUUUGCAGACAACUACCAGAAAGAUGCCCAUGAGUUUUUAACAGCGUUCUUAAAUCAGAUGAGGAGUCUGGCUUCACCAUUGCAGAAGGUUGCAGCCCUCACGGGGAGAAGCUAUAGCUGCCCUGUGGACAGAAACCUGGUGUUCAAAAUGCAAAACACCAGGACAUGCAAAAGUUGUGGUGCUCAAUCCAUCAGAGAGGAAGAGUACACCAACCUCUCUCUGGAUCUGGUACCUGGAGGUUCAGUACAGCAGAUGCUCAAGGAAUACCAGAUGGAGACAGAGUUGAAUUAUAAUUGUGAGUGUGGCUGCAACACAUCAGUCCAGCGCUCCACCUUUCUAACCCUGCCCAGAUUCCUGAUUAUACACCUGAAGAGGUUCAGGUUCACUCCGUCGCUACAGGUGGUGAAGCUGCAUGACCCCGUAGUCCUUUUCAGGCUGCUGAAGGUGACUACCAGCCAGGCUGAUGGCUGGUACAACCUGGUUAGUGUCAUCAGCCAUUUAGGCUAUGACGGGAACAAUGGACACUACAUCAGCGAGGGCGUGUACCCAGGGCAGGAUCUGUAUGUUGCAGAUGACCAAUGGCUCUACUAUAAUGAUGCCCAGGUUGCCAAGACAACUGGUGCUGCAGUUUGUAAGCGAGAUCAACAAACAGCCUACAUCGUUUUCUACCAAAGAUCGAUAGUUCAGUCUGGCACAGGUGAGACCUACUGAUGACGUACUCCCUGGACCAAACCAACAAAGAUAGAACUUAAACACUCUCUCUGGGUCAAGACUGCAUUGUAAAUAACAACUGGUAAAUUGAAAAAAAAGGUUUCUGCCUUUGAAGGGAGUUUUUCCUUGCCACAGUCACCUCUGUCUUUGGCUGAGUCAGUUCUCAUCUCCCACCAAUGUCAAACUGCAUGUGAUAUGUACCAUUAUGACACGGAGAUGAGUUGGCCA